AUGGGCAACAACUCCAGGGCGGUGGCGCAGCUUCUGGCCGCGGGGGCGCCGGUGGACUCCCGCGACGUGCUGGGGGCCACGCCGCUGCACCGGGCGGCCCAGUUCGGCUUCACCCAGCUGGCCGCGCAGCUCCUGGAGGCCGGCGCGGAGGUGGAUAGCCCCACCGAGCAGCUGCUCACGCCGCUGAUGGUGGCGGCUCGCGCCGGGCACAGCGACGUCAUGGCGGAGCUCAUCGAGUCUGGCGCGGACCUCGAGACCCGCGAGGAGAAAGGCGGCACGGCGCUGUUCGAGGCUGCCAGGUGCGGCUCCAUCGAGGCCGCGGCGCUGCUCUUGGCCCUCAACGCUUCUGCGGACACGCAGCGGCAGGAUGGAGCCUCCCCAUUGAUGGUGGCUGCGCAGGGUGGCAAGGCUGGGGUCGUUUUGGAGCUGCUGAACAACAGCGCCACGGUGGAUCUGGCCCGCAAGGACGGCUGCACCGCCUUGAUGUUUGCGGCCAUGUCAGGGCACGGGCCCAUUGUGACCUCGCUGCUUGAGGCGUGGGCGGACCCGGACACAGUGGAUGCCAACGGUGUGACGGCUAUCAAAAUCGCCAAGCAGAACCGCUUCCCCGACGUGGUGCGGCGCCUGCGCGCAGCCGGCGCCAGUGGCACCAUAGGCGCUUGGGCCGAUCAGGAGGAGGUGGAGGUAGGCCUCAACCUGCUGCUCACCUGCCAUACGGUGGUGGCCUGGACCAUUGGGGCGCUGGCGUUUCUGCUGCCACAUUGUUUCGGCUUCUUCCUGGGAGAGGAUUGGCACGGCAGCUGGAGAUGGAACCCAGAUGACGGCCAGGUGAAGAUCACCCAUGUCGUCAUUCGCCUCUACGGUGCCCUGAUCUUUGGGCAGGGCUUCCUGACCUGGGCGGCCAAGCAGACAGACGACGGCCAUUUCCGCCGGGCUGCGGUUCGAGCCUAUGCUGUGGUGUUCGGUCUCACCACCGCCGCGCUGCUGCGGGCACAGGUGACGGAUUCCACGUGGCACGCAGGGGGGCCCAAAGCCCGGCCGCAGACAGUUCGCCCAGACCUGGCAGGCCGGGCAGUUCACCCCUCCGGAUUGGUGGAAUCGGGCUCCAAGGGAGGUCGGAAUGAAAAUCCCAGCCAUGACACCAGACGGCAUGUGACGCCUAUGGAGUCGCCCUUGGCGCGCGCCUGCCGGCGUCGGGAUCUCUUCCAGGUGCAGGCGCUGCUCCGGGACAAGGCGGACCCCAACGCCAAGGAUGCGAACUCUGAGACUCCGCUGCUGCUGGCCGCAGCGCAGGGGGAUCUCGAUGUGGUAGCGUUGCUCCUUGGCCAUGGUGCGCAGCCGGCGCAAAGGGCGCCCCAAAGCCGGCUGCCAGAGGCAGACAGCCAGCUGAGCCCGGAGGUGCGCAAGCUGCUGGAGGUCUUCACUCGAGGCCGCUCCAAGGAGCAGCGCCUGAAGCUUCUGGGCAGCUUGCCGCUGCCUCUGGACCCCGGCGCCGCCGCGCAGGUCCAUGUGCGCCUGGGCCUUGGCUCCCGCGCAAGCCAACGCGGCGGCACGAGGAGGAGCUGGGAAGCCACGGACUCUCACGAGGUGACCUUGUUCACAGAGGAUCCGCUUCGGCCUCUGCUGGUGUUGCAGCCGUGGGAGAAGCCCACCGCAGUGGACGUGGUGCUGCUGCACGGACUGCUGCAGAGUGGGCAGAUGAUGGAGCGCCUGGCGCGCGACCUCUCGCGAGGCCUGGGCGCGGUGCGCUUCCUGGCGCCCACAGCGGCAUCCAGGGCCUCGGUCUUCGGGGAGGGCCCCGCCUGGUUCGACACGCUGCGCCCUGCGCCAGGAGUGCUGCCAGAGAACCUGGAGGCGAGCGCGGAGGAGAUUUUUGGCAUCCUGGAGAAGGAGAUGCAGCGCUGGCAGCUGGCGGCCUCGCGGCUCUUUCUGCUGGGCUUCUCGGCCGGCGGCUCCGUGGCCGCCUUCUGCGCCCUUGCGGCGCCCUGGCGCCUAGGCGGCGCGGCGGUGCUGGGCUCCCACGGCCUGGGGAAACCGCCCGGGCCGGCGGUUUUCAAAGGGGCGGCGGCGGAUUUCGCCGCGCCGGUGCUGCAGUGCCACGGCGCGGCGGACGGAAUGGUCCCAGAAGAGGCCGCCAGGGCAUCGGCAGAGCUGCUUCGGCACAAGGGCUGCGAGGUGCAGUUCUCCCUGUACCCAGGUGUGGGCCACACAAUCUCCGAGGACAUGUUGGCAGAGGUUCGCACCUGGAUCGUGGAGCGAUUGCAGGCUGAAACUUCGCAGAGCUGCGAAGCUGAGCCCUCGACACCAGAGCCGCAGCAGGCUGAAGCUUCGCAGAGCAGCGAAGCCGGCGAGGUUACAGAUCCCUCGACACCGGAGCCCAAGCGGGAUGCUGAAGCUUCGAGCUGCAAGGCUGAGCCCUCGCCAGAGCCGCGGGAGGCGCGUGAGCGUGAGGACGCCAGUAGCUCGGAAGCCGAUGCGGACGGCGCUGUCCGCCCCAGCUGCGGAAGCUCUAGUACCGACACCCCGCGCCGGGGCAGCGCCUCUAUCCGCAGCACCGACGCCGACUUCCUGGCGCUGCUAAGGGCCUACGACCUGCCGCUAGCGGCCUGCGAGGCGGCCCUCAGCCGCUUCGGCGACGUCGAGGCGGCCUUGGAGUUCCUCUUGGACACCGAAGAAGGCACAAAGCUUUGCGACAACGGCAAGGACGCUGCAUGA